AUGAGGGUGAUACUGUUGGCUGUAGUUUACAUCCCGUUCACCGUGGCCGUGGAACGAAUCCCCCUUGUUCGAUUCAAAUCUAUCAAGAAACAGUUGAAGGAAAAGGGAGAAUUAGAGGAAUUUUGGAGGAAUCAUCACCCCGACGUUUUUGCCCGGAGGUACCUGCAUUGCUUCCCUGCAGAUAUUGCUUUAUCAGUAGGAGCCGCUUCAGAAAGACUGUACGAUUACAUGAAUGCGCAGUACUACGGAGUUGUCAGCGUUGGCACACCGCCCCAGAGGUUCACCGUCGUGUUUGACACCGGCUCCUCCAAUUUUUGGGUCCCUUCUGCUUAUUGCAUCAGUGAAGCAUGCAGGGUGCACCAGAAAUUUAAGUCCUUUCUGUCGGAUUCGUAUGAGCACGGAGGGGAAGCCUUCUCCUUGCAGUACGGCACGGGACAGCUUCUGGGCGUUGCUGGCAAAGACACACUGCAGAUAAGUAACAUCUCCAUCAAGGGACAGGACUUCGGCGAGUCAGUGUUUGAGCCAGGAACAACCUUUGCCCUUGCUCACUUUGAUGGCGUGCUGGGCUUGGGCUACCCCUCUUUAGCAGUGGGCAAUGCUCUUCCUGUGUUUGACAGCAUCAUGAAUCAGCAGCUGGUAGAGGAGCCAGUCUUCUCUUUCUAUCUGAAAAGAGGAGAUGACACUGAGAAUGGUGGUGAGUUGAUCCUGGGGGGGAUAGACCAUUCCCUCUACAAAGGUUCAAUCCACUGGGUCCCGGUCACCGAGAAAAGCUACUGGCAAAUACACCUGAACAAUAUAAAGAUCCAGGGCCGGGUGGCAUUUUGCUCCCAUGGCUGCGAAGCCAUCGUUGACUCAGGCACUUCUCUUAUCACUGGCCCCUCUUCACAAAUCAGAAGAUUACAGGAGUACAUUGGGGCAAGUCCGUCACACACUGGAGAGUUUCUCGUAGACUGCAGAAGACUGUCCAGCUUGCCUCACAUAAGCUUCACGAUCGGUCACCACGAGUACAGACUGACAGCAGAGCAAUACGUCGUAAAGGAGUCUAUUGAAGACCAAACCUUCUGCAUGAGCGGCUUUCAGUCUCUUGACAUCACCACCCGUACCGGCCCCCUCUGGAUUUUAGGAGAUGUCUUUAUGUCUGCGUUUUACUGCAUUUUUGACCGUGGGAAUGACAGAGUGGGAUUUGCAAAAGCUGUUCACAGGAAGGAUUACUACUGA